AUGACUGAAUCGACAACUGAUGAGAGAUGCUUGGCUCCAGAGCUUCGCCAGGCUCUUGAUGACUUGAAAACCACUGUCCAUUCGGCGAAUUGUUGUCUAACUACUUAUCGCUUUCUGGACUCGUUCCCAAACCUCAGUACUCAACACUCGGAGGUCCAGAGAGCCGUUGAAAAGGUGGCUCGGUUUGCACGGGACCAGGACGAGAAGGCUGCUCAGGCCGUACAAAAAGCCCAAACGACAUUCGAAGCUUUAUCUCCUGAACAUAAACACGGCUUGAUGCAGUACUACGGGGAAGACCUCAGUUUCUACCUCGAAAUCGCCAUUCCUCAGGACCUGUCACAUACUCCCACAACCCCUUUCAAGGAAUUUCAGGUUUUGUUAUUUGACAUUGAAAAUCUCCACCGUGCACUCGCCAGGGUACGUGGAGUGGAGGCGAACAUCACCAAUGUCUUUUUCGGGCUACCGUCCAUCCAACGACUGAUGCGGGAAAACCGGGAGGAGGAACUUCGACUGUUAGAACUACGCAGCUCGGCUGAAAUUCAACUAUGCAGGCAAUUCUUUACCUUGGAUCGGGAGGAACAGGAUAUGCUCUGGUUAUGGUAUCAGGAUUCUAUGGGGAUCAAUGGAAUCCAGAAGGAUGACAAUGCUGAAUACCCCUACUCAGCUAGGAGCUGA